AUGGCAGCCACCACAGCUACCACAACUUCUGUGGCCACAGCACCCCAUCGUGUCAGGAGAGAGGACUCAGGAGGGAGUAGAGAGGAGGAAAACUUAGGAGUCCUUACUCUCCUGACACGAUGGGGUGCUGUGGCUGUGGAAGUUGUGGUGGCUGCGGUGGCUGUGGUGGCGGCUGCGGUGGCUGUGGUGGCUGUGGUGGCGGCUGCGGUGGCUGUGGUGGCGGCUGCGGUGGUGGCUGUGGUGGAAGCUGUACCACCUGCAGAUGCUACCGGGUCAACUGCUGUCCCUGCUGCACCGGCUGCUGCGGGUGCUGCUGCACUGUCCCCGUGGUCUGCUGCUGCCGCCGCUCCUGUGGCUGCAGUUCCUGUGGCUGUGGCUCCUGUGGCUGUGGCUCCUGUGGCUGUGGCGGUGGGAAGGGCUGUUGCCAGCAGAAGUGCUGUUGCCAGCAGAAGUGCUGUUGCAAGAAGCAAUGCUGCUGCUAGGCGGCCGGUGUGUAGGUGA